GCGCGCCGGUCAGGCCGGUCAGUCUGUCAGUCUCGUGGCUCGGUGUCGGUCCGUGUCCUCUUGGCUGACAAUAAACAGAUGAAAACAGGCCUGUGCCACCCCGGUGGGAGGAGAGGACGCAGCAGAGGGCAGGUCCAGCAGGGCGCGGUCUCCUUCUUCUCCCGCGGCACCUCAUCUGUUCUCUCGUAGGAUCUCUUCCACUUCCACUGCUGCCAACAGCGCCGCGCCACAGGGACGCAUUGAGACCAAACCCGAGAGCACAAACCGCUGCGGGGACACCCUUUGACCGCCGUGCCCAGCAGGCGCAGCCAGACUGCGCACCGCGCGCCGCCGUGUCUGUCUGUAGGCCUUUUCUCACAGCUCCGACAGCUUUGAAGCCGCCUGCCAAGACAAACUCACCUCGCCUAUUUAUGCCCCUGCCUCCGCGCGCACUCAGAGGACAGGUUCAGCGCGUCUCCAGCGGCGCACGGGACACUUUUACGCGCCAGGAAUGGACACUUUCGGGGACUCGUGGAUGAGUCCUGCCGCGGUGCCUCCUCUCUAAAUUAAAAAGAGGAGCUCCACACAUCAAAAGACAUCCAGCGGGGACUUUCUGGCCACCCGCCGGGGGGGUUCACACCGGCCCGGGGCGGAAUGCUGCUCUCGACGCUGGUGACGUGCCUCGCCGGGUGCGCCUUUCUCCUCUCGCCGGUCAGCGAGGGCUGCGGGCCGGGUCGAGGUUAUGGCAAGAGGCGCUCACCGAGAAAACUCGCGCCGCUCGCCUACAAGCAGUUCAGCCCCAACGUGGCGGAGAAGACGCUGGGAGCCAGCGGGAGAUACGAAGGGAAAAUAACCCGGAACUCUGAGCGCUUCAAGGAGCUCACCCCCAACUACAACCCCGACAUCAUCUUCAAGGAUGAGGAGAACACAGGUGCAGACCGCAUGAUGACUCAGCGCUGCAAAGACAAGCUGAACUCUCUGGCCAUCGCGGUGAUGAACCUGUGGCCCGGGGUCCGGCUGAGGGUCACCGAGGGCUGGGACGAGGACGGCCACCACUCGGAGGAGUCGCUGCACUACGAGGGCCGGGCGGUGGACAUCACCACGUCGGACCGGGACCGGAACAAGUACGCCAUGCUGGCGCGCCUGGCCGUGGAGUCCGGGUUCGACUGGGUCUACUACGAGUCCAAGGCCCACAUCCACUGCAGCGUCAAGUCCGACCACUCAGUGGCGGCUAAAUCUGGCGGUUGUUUCCCCGGCGAGGCCUCGGUCACGUUGGAGAGCGGCGCUCAGAAGUCCGUCAGCGAGCUGCGACCCGGUGAGCGAGUUCUGGCCUCGGCGGGCGGCGAUGGCAGCGGGGAGCUGGUCUACAGCGAGGUCCUGGCCUUCCUGGACCGUGACCCGGUGACCUGGAAGCUCUUCUACACCCUGCAGACAGAAGCUGGCGCCCGCCUCUCGCUCACCGCCGCCCACCUCCUGUUUGUGACUGAGGGGAACUGCUCAGAGGGGGCGGCGCCGGCCCGGGGCGCCCUCAGGACCGUGUACGCCAGCGACGCCCGGCCAGGACAGUGUGUGCUGGUGGCGGGACAGAGGAACGGCGAGGGGCGUCUGUCUCGGGUCACCCGGGUCAGCCUGAGGGCGAGCAGGGGGGCGUUUGCACCGCUGACCCGGCAGGGGACGCUGGUGGUGGACGGGGUGGUGGCGUCCUGCUACGCCGUGGUGGAGCAGCACUCCCUCGCUCACUGGGCCUUCUCGCCGCUGCGGCUGAUCCACAGCUGGACUGGAUCCACCGGGAGCCACGGUGACGGGAUCCACUGGUACUCGCAGCUUUUACACUGGCUGGGCAGGAUGCUGCUGGACUCAGGGCGCCUCCACCCACUGGGCGUGGCUCAGGAGGCCAGGUGAGGACGGAGGACAGGUGAACUGGGUGGACGCUUUAAUCAGAAACAAACCUGAACCUUCUCUUUAUAACUGGAGACACGAGCCUGCAGAGCCGGACAGAACCGCGUCCAACGACCGGGCGAGACGGGCGACGUUUGGGUUCUUACUGAGGGAAGAAGAAGAAGAAGAAGAACUGAUGCAGAACAACUCUCCCAGAAACACGAACAGACAGAAAAUAAAAGAGUCUGACGGCUCCGAGAAGUUCUGAUGUUUCAAAGACUUCUGUGACACUUUUACCCUUUAAAACUCUGUGAAACUAAAAUCCCUUAAAAUCCCCUUAAACCCUCAGAGUCCAGUGUUUGGUGCCGGAGACGGAGAUCCUUCAAAUCCUUUCAAAUGCACCUUAAAGAAGCUUUUAAUCAACAUUUGAGGUAGAUUUUCAGGGACGUUCAACCUUCCCCGUAAUCUACACACCAGUGAUCUUCUUCAGGUGUUUAAAGGUUCUGGUUCAGGUGAUUUUUUGGGUUUUCUUGUGGACACAAGUUGCUAAAACAUCAACAUAUAUAAUGUCAGUUUAUUUCCCUCAAAUCUGGACUAAACUGAUUUUUAAGUGUCAAAUAAUCUGUCAGACAAGUUAUUUGUGCAUUUAAGGUUUUUGUUUGACUCCUCAGAGGCAGAUGGUUUGUUUUUGGAACUUUAAGGUGAAUUUUAAGGGAUUUGGUUUCAUGUGUCGUUUGUAACUUUGAUGCUUUAAAAGAGAUUCUAGGUAAAUAAUAGAGCGUAUUUAAGUGUUGUUUGUUUACAGAAAUCCAAUAAUGUUUAUGACGUCAUUCUGGGUGAAGAGAUAUUAAAAAAAAGAUUUAUUUUUGAAAUUAAAUUAAGUGGAAAUGA